AUGACAAACGUAACAUAAGAACAAAAGUAAAUUUUUAUAAGUCCAAACUAUUGUCACGUGUUGCCGCCUUACGAAUCUAGCCUACUGUUUGCCCCAAAUCCAGAAUGAGGAUCUUCCAUUACGUUCACACUUUUGACUAAAAUACCAAACAAUAGAAACCCCCACAAAAAGAAAAAAUCCCCGACAAAAAAAAGAAAAGAGAAGGAAGAUAAACCACCUUAAAUACCAACCUCGAUGCACUACUUUCUUUCCCUCUUACUCUCACCAAACCUUAAAAGCAAAGUUCUCCUUCUUGCUUUUCCAUCAUAUUCUAUGCAAAUUGGCCAUGACCCAAACCAUGUCUGGCCCAAAUGAUUGGCUUCAAUUCUACAAUCAACAUCCCGCACCAUCAAUCCCUGACUUCACUGUUACCACCACCACCACCACUACUCCGGCCACCGUUCCUACAAGUUCUGACUUCCCAAAUACCAGUCCCUCAUCUUCAACCCAUAUAGGUCCAGAAGGACGCGUGGGAAAACCUACGCGCCGUCGCUCUCGGGCCUCACGGCGAACUCCGACCACCUUGCUCAAUACAGACACCACAAAUUUCCGAGCCAUGGUUCAACAAUUCACGGGAGGCCCGAAUGCACCCUUUUCACCAAGCCCAUCAGCAGCACCUCAGGUGUUGCCGAACCUCUUGGGCUUUGGGUUCCCCUCACGCCCUAUCCCUUCUCUAAGCCCAACAUCCCUUGUUUUGUCAUCAUCACCCCCUCUAAGCUACCACCAUCUUCAUCAACAAGGUCAACAUCACCAACAACAAGAAAACAUGUUUCAGCACCAAAACCAACACUACAAUCUGUACAGUGAUGGUGGCUCACAAGGUGAAGACCGCAACAGCAACAGCAACAUGUUUUUUCAGAGACCAAGUGACAACCCAGUGAGUCCUCCAGCAAGCAAUCGUGACGGGCUGGUGAAUUUGGAUCAGUCGCGCUUCUUCCCAAAUAGUUCUUCUUGAUUGAUUUAAGUUCGUAUUUGAUUCACUCGAUAGAUGCAAAUCCUUCGUUUGGAGUGAAAUUGAAAUAUCACAUUCAAGAUUUCUAAACAUGCACCACAGAAGAACACAAAAAGGAAAUUGAGCACACCCUUCUGAGUUGAGGUCACGUUCUUGUUCCGUGGGAACACGGGUAGCAGUUUUUCUCUUUGAUCCGCAUGCUAAGGCUGGAAAGAGACAUAAAGCAGACAGUUAGGUGCUAACUUGGCCAGAAUUGUUGACCCACCAAUGUAAAAUAUAAAAUAUCAUAUAGUACACUCUUUUUCUUUCUUUUAUUGUUAUGAUAAUAUUACUAUUAUCUUAUUACUGUUAUUUAUUUCUUUCUUUUUUACUUUACUUUCAUACUUUUUGGUGGAAUUUCUUCUAGAUAAUCCUUGGA